CUGCUCUCAGGUGCUCUCCGUACUGCUCCGUACUCUGCUGUCCUGCGUCCGAUUUACCGCUCCACACGUUGGCUGAGAUUCUCGACACGUUUUGCGGUAUUUGAAGUUUGAUUUGCGCGAGUCUUCAAAAUGGAACAAGAAAAAAGUAAGAAGAAGGGCAAGAAGAAAUCGAUCGGCGAAAUGCAGUUGACGACGAAGUGCGAGAUCGAACCCUCCAACGAGGAAGUCAAGCUUGAAUGCAAAGACUGGCCUCUGUUGUUUAAGAAUUUCGAUAAAAUGCUGACGCGUACAAAGCAUUUUACUCCAUUAACAAGUGGCUCUACUCCACUAAAUCGCAACAUAACAGAGUAUAUAAAGUCAGGUUGCAUCAAUUUAGACAAGCCGUGCAAUCCAUCGUCGCAUGAGGUGGUGGCUUGGAUAAAGAGGAUUCUGAAAGUGGAGAAGACCGGUCACUCUGGCACAUUGGAUCCCAAGGUAUCAGGAUGCUUGAUAGUCUGCAUAGACAAAGCUACGAGACUGGCCAAGUCGCAGCAAUCAGCUGGAAAGGAGUACCUUGCUGUGUUUAAGCUUCAUUCUGCUCCAGAAAGUAUCCAGAAGGUAAAUCAAGCGUUGGAGAAGUUGCGCGGUGCUCUCUUUCAAAGGCCACCGCUGAUAUCGGCAGUCAAAAGGCAGCUUCGCGUCAGAACAGUUUACGACAGUUGGUUCUGCGAUUACGAUUCGGAACGUAAUAUGGGAGUGUUCCGCGUUAGUUGCGAAGCUGGCUCUUACAUCAGAACUAUGUGUGUCCAUCUCGGGCUUUUCUUAGGCACUGGUUGUCACAUGCAGGAACUUCGAAGAAGUCGUUCCGGCGUUCAAUCUGAGAAUGAUGGUAUGGUUACCAUGCACGAUAUUCUCGACGCCCAAUGGCUAUACGAGAAUCAUGGAGACGAGUCGUAUCUGAGAAGAGUUAUAAAACCGUUAGAAGCACUACUAGUAAAUCAUAAGAGGAUUAUCAUAAAAGAUAGUGCUGUAAAUGCUAUUUGUUAUGGAGCUAAAAUAAUGUUGCCAGGCGUCUUAAUGUAUGACCAAGGAAUAGAAUUGAAUGAGGAAAUUGUAAUUGUGACUACUAAAGGCGAAGCUGUAGCACUUGCUGUAGCAUUAAUGUCUUCUCCCACUAUGGCUACAUGUGAUCAUGGAGUAGUCGCGAAACUCAAAAGGGUAAUCAUGGAAAGAGAUUCGUAUCCAAGGAAGUGGGGCUUGGGACCUAAAGCAUCGCAAAAGAAACGUAUGAUAAUAGAAGGAACGUUAGAUAAACAUGGAAAACCAAAUGAAAACACACCUGCUGAAUGGUUGCAUGGUUACAAAGACUAUACUGCAACGUCAUCGACGGCAGCAUCAACGGCAACAUCAACAGCAACGGCAUCAAUAAUAACGACGGAAAAUAAUGGUGACAUACCAGUUAGUAAGAAGAGGAAGAGAGAAGAAGAGGCGAGUGUACAAGAAGAAGACGCAGUCGUAGUGAAAGAAACGGCAGAAAAUUUAGAAACAUUGAAAGAUAAGAAAAAGAAAAAAGAAAAGAAGAAAAAAAAGGAAAAACAUGAACGCACGGAAGGCGAAGAAUCCGUAGUAGUAGAAGAAGUUGUUAGUGAAGGAUCUGUGGGAAAGGAAGAAAAAAGAAAGAAGAAAAAGAAAAAGAAGGACAAAGAGAAGGAUCAAGAACCUAUGUCGAGUUAGAUGUUUGAUGUUUAACAAAAAGAUAAUUUUUAGAUUAAACUGUUACAUAAUAAAGUGUACAGUUAUUUUUUUAUUGAAUUAUAUAUCUUAGAUUAUAUACUAAGAGAAUGUUCGAUUUUUAAGUCCUAUUAUACAAUAUUGUCUUGACUUUAAAGUUUGUAUUCCUAGAAUACAAGAUAUAUCCGCGAGAUUCUUUUAUGUGUUUCCUAAUGUUUCUCUUAUGUUGUAUUUUACGUAUAUCUUUUAUCAUGUACAUCUUUUUUCUCUUAAAUGCGAAUAAUGAACUUUAAUAAUAUUCUAGAUUGUAUUCCGAAUUUUUGUAAGAUUAAGUGAAAAAGAAUUUAUUGUACAUAUAUUUUUUUAUGG